CACGAGGAAACGAGAAACAUAAAUACUGCAUAUCAAAAUAUUUCUACACAGACAUUAACACCACAUGCAGCAAAAUGCCAAAGAAACCUGCCAGAAAUGCGUUUUAUUUCUUCAUGCUUGAGAUUGAGCCUGCUUUAAGGCGUGAGGGCCGUGUAUUGAAUGGCAUGCAGGAUGUUGUUCCCAUCGCACACCCGAGAUGGAAGACAUUACCUGACAAGGAGAAACAAAGAUUUGAGCGCAUGGCAAAAGAGUAUAAAGGGAAGAGAAGAGGUGUGGAGGGUGACAAAGUGCGGAUGGACAACCAGGGAAAUAUCAUCGCUCACCGAGUUGAUCAGAGAUCAGAAAGAGAAAAGAAGAGGACUAAAGAGAUAAAGUCUGUGAAAGAGUCCUUUCCAGCUGGCAAAGCUCUGGCAGACGAGAACUUCUACCUGAUAAACUUUCAGACGCUCUGCAAAACAGGUGACGGGGAAUACUUACCAGCUGAAGUUGCGCUCUUAGAAUAUAGUAUACGUAAAGGCAUCAAACGAGUUUUCCAGAAGUUCAUAGAACCAGGUAAAAUACCAACAGGAUAUAGGUACGAGUGCCAACAGAAAAGUGCUGACUACCACCAGAUUCCAGUUUCUGGUUUUGAUCAGGCAGAUGAUAACUAUAGAGGGAUCUGGAUUCAGCUUGAGAAUUUUGUUAACCCAAAUGGAGACAAACCAGAGUACCCUCCCUUGUUCUGUCUAGGUGACGACUGCGAGGAGAUGGCCUACUGUCUGGAAUGGGUAAAAGGGGGAGCAGCACUUGGGAUCCCAAACCGUCUGACGAAGGUGUACGAACUAGAAGGCCUUGUAGUGGAACUGUUUGGACACAUUGGUCCAUCACCGUCCAAAACAUCUGUGAUAGACAUGCUAACGUGCAGCACCUGGGACUAUGAGCCAAAAAUUAAGUGUGCAUUCCAUGAAGACAAGGAGUGUAAAUAUUGUUCGCUUGGAAUCCUGAAGCGAUAUGCAUUUGCCAUCUCAGACAGUAUAUGUCAAAAGUACGAUGUUGACUUAACAAAAAACCAUGUCCCCAUUCGUAAUAAUAUUAACACAGGAUGUACAAUCUUGCCGCCACCUUCCAUGAGGGUCCAGUCAAGACAAACGGGUGGCCCUCCACCUAGACAAGCUGGAGUGGUGUCCUACAAACCCCCUCCUCAGUCAAGAGCUGCCCAACACUCCACAUUUGGUAGCCAACAGCCUCCAGCCAAACAAAAAAUGGCUGCAUCCUAUGGAGUUGAUGAUGAUGACGACACAGAUGAUAGUGACGAUGAUAUUGGAUACCAGUCCCUAAGGAGACCCAACAUGCCAGCCCCUGGUUCAGCAGGCAUGAUGGCAUCAAUACCUACACAGUCUGCCUGGUCAUCUAGCACUCAUAUCCGUCCUACACAGUCUGCUUGGUCAGCCUCUGCUCCUGUAGCCAAACCUGCAGGGCCACCUAGCACAAUGACACAAAACUAUCCCGGCUUGGGACAGACUGGGCCACGACCUGUGGGCCGAGGAUACAUGCCUACCACCGCAGAUUUCCCUUCAAUGGCACAAACAGGGCCUCGACUUCCUGUUGGGCGAGGAUACAUGCCCACCACAGGUGAUUUCCCUUCCCUGGCACAAACUGAGCUACAACAACCUUCUGUGGGGCGGGGAUAUAGGCCCACCCCUGGAGACAUCCCUUCGCUGGGACGUGGCAACAUUCCAACACCUAUGGCUGGUAUUGGACGAGGCGUACCUAAGAAUUUACCAGAUGAUGAAGCGCCAAAGAAAUAUGCCGGCCGUCAGGGGGCACCCGGUCCCCAGAUUGCCCCCGCCCCACCUUCUGCAUGGCAAGCUGCUAUCUCUGAUACUGCCCCAACACAACAGAAUGAUCCACCUGGUUUGGGUGCUUUAAAGCCACAAGCUUCUUCAUCACAAGGACCAGCACCCCCACCUGGGUUUUCUGCCAUAGACUCAUCAUCCUCUCUACCUGAGGCAACCCCAGCACCACAGAUGGCUGGGUACCGUCCAACUUUUCCUAAUGGUGGGGAUCCCGGAGACAGUAUAGUUGAUAUGAUGCGUAGACAAGGACGAGGCAUCUUGGGUCAUACAAUGAGCAACGUUCCCAAGGGUCGUGGUUACGCUCCACCUGGAAUGAUCGCAAUGCAACAGAACCUCCGUUGUUUAUCCAUGAACUCUAAAUGAUGGGUGAGGAUUGAAGACCGGACUUAUUGAUAGACGAGGAUUGAAGACUUGACCUUUCCUCUCCUCAGCUUGGACCAAAGAAUCGACAGAGCCAGUCGUGUCACAGCAUGGACCAAAGACAGAUACUGUAUGGUAGAUGACACACCAUGUUCAUGUGACAUGGCAUACAUUGGUCAUGUGAUAUGUCAUAUUUGGUCAUGUGAUGGGAUACCAAAUGAAAGAGAACAAACAUUUGUAAUGUUGCAUAACAUACUUUGUUUGUGUGACAUGCCAAAUAGUGGUCAUGUGAUAGUCAUGUGAUAGUCAUGUGACAGGGCAAUGACAUGACAUAAUGUGGUGAGAUGUUCAGAAACCGAAAAGUUUCAUGUUGGUGAAAUUGAUAACUGUGUAAGUUUGUAAUUGAUUGUUAGCUUAUCUUACCCAAAGGGUCAAGAUGACAUUUAGUCAUAGUUCGUUUGUUGCCGUGCGCUGUGCGUAAACUUUCUCUUUAAAACCCUGCUCUUCUUUCACACCUUAAUGGAUUUCAACCAAAUUUGGUUCCAUCCACCAUUCAGUGAGGGCAAUCAUUUGUUAAAUUCAGACUUUU